AUGUCCUUGAACUACCCUUCAUCUAAGCCUGAACAAUUAGAACGCUACUUUACCAUGGGCUCACACUCGCAACCCCCCGCAGUCUCUCCGCAACCCCACGUCCCUAAACCAGGCGUCUGGUGUCCAGCGGUGACCUUCUUCAACCAUACCACCGACACCCUCGACCUCGAGUCCCAAAAGAAAUACUAUGCCUACCUCUCCAAAACCGGCCUCGCGGGCCUCGUCAUCCUCGGCACAAACUCCGAAGCCUUCCUACUCACCCGCGAAGAGCGCGCCCAGCUCAUCGCCGCUGCCCGCGAGGCCGUCGGCCCAGACUACCCCCUCAUGGCCGGCGUCGGCGCCCACUCCACCAAGCAGACGCUGGAGCUAGCAGCCGACGCGGCGGCCGCUGGCGCGAACUACCUCCUCGUGCUCCCGCCUGCCUACUUCGGCAAGGCGACGACCAUGAGCGUCGUGAAGCGAUUUUUCGCAGACGUAGCGGCGCGGGCCCCGCUCCCCGUCAUCAUCUACAAUUUCCCCGGCGUGUGUAACGGGGUUGACAUUGACUCUGAAACGAUGACUGCGAUCGUGCGCGAGUCGGCGGCGGCGCGUGCCGAUGGGGUGUCGAAUGUAGUGGGCGUCAAGCUCACCUGUGCGUCUGUGGGGAAGAUCACGCGGUUGGCGGCGACGUUCUCGCAGGACGAGUUUGCUGUUUAUGGGGGGCAGUCGGAUUUCCUGCUUGCCGGGCUGAGUGUUGGGUCGGCGGGGUGCAUUGCGGCGUUUGCGAAUGUGUUUCCGCGGACGGCGGCGCGGGUGUAUGAGCUCUACAAGGCUGGGAAGGUUGAUGAGGCGAUGCAGUUGCAGCAGAAAGCAGCGCUGGCGGAGAGUCCGUGUAAGAGUGGGAUUGCGGCGACCAAGUAUGCCACAGCGGUGUUUAGUGCGUCUCUGGCGGGGAUUGUGGGGGCAGAGGAGAAGCUCAGGCCGAGGACGCCGUAUGAGGAGCCGACUGAAGGGGUGAAGCAGAUGGUGCGGGAGGUGAUGGCGGAGGUUGCGGAGAUUGAGAGAAGUAUAUAG